CCCUACCCCCUACCCCCCCAUCCCUCUUGCAGCUUUCACCCCAUCUCCCAAUCUCCACUCUCUCCCACACAAAUGUUGGAUCCAGCGAAUGAUUUGAUUCCUCCUUCUUCUCCCACCAUCUCCUCUGUCUCCUCCUCUGAUCUCGACACCGAGUCCACAGGCUCAUUUUUCCAUGACAGAAGUACGAGUUUGGGGACUCUGAUGGGCGUGAGCUUCCCGGCCAUUACAUUUAGGGCUCAGUCGCAGCAUCGGGAGGCUCAGCCGGUGCCCGCCGCGAGUGGCGUGGCCGUGGCUGGCCGCGGCGGUGGGGGGAGGAAGAGCAGGAAGGUCAAGAAAGCGCUGGGGCUAGUGGCGGAGCACCGGCGUCGGUGGUGGAGGCUGUGCCGGGACGACGCGGCGAAGCCGGCCUCGCUGGGUGAGUUUCUGGAGGUCGAGCGGCGGUUCGGAGAUGUGGCGUUUUUCGGCGCGGCGGCGGAGCUCGAAGGCGUGGUGGCUCAGCCGGAGAACGGUCGCGUUUUGUUUGCCGAUGGAAGAGUACUGCCGCCGCCGCAGGCGGAGGAGAGCCCGUCGACGGUAAGUUCUCUUUGUAGAUUUCCGGUGUCACUCACUGGCAUAUUUAGUAGCAGCACGGGAUAGAAUUUCUGAUAUUUUUUUUAAAAUUAUUCGUGGGGAAUUCUUUGUAAUCUGCUUAAAUUCUUCAAACUUUAAUUUAUAUGGGAAAACGUGCGGUCCUAGUUUGCUUCUUUU